AUGCGCGUGCCCUGUCGUUCGUCGCGCGCACCCUGCUUCGUCGCUGUGCGCGCCUUUUUUUCGCCGCCUGGUUGCCGGCUUUACUUCGUCAUUUUGCUCAUCAAUACAUACCCCCCCUCACCAUCUGCCCCUUCACCCUCCUCCUCCUCUCUUCUCUCCCUUCAUUCCCCUCCCCAUCUCAUUCUCUCCUCCGCCUCUCUCCUCUCCUCUACUGCUGCAGCUGUUUGCCAGCCUUGCUUCGUAGCCGUGCUCCUUCCCCACUGUGUUCCUCCGCCUCUAUUUUCUCCCCGAAGCGGCGCAGAAGCAGACUACUCCGCUGUUAUCCCUCCUCCUCUUAUUUCUCCCCACAGCGGCGCAGCAGCAGACUACUCCGCCAUUAUCCCUCCUCUUAUUUCUCCCCUCACCGGUGCAGCAGCAGACUACUCCGCUGUUAUCCCUCCUCCUCUUAUUUCUCCCCACAGCGGCGCAGCAGCAGACUACUCCGCCAUUAUCCCUCCUCCUCUUAUUUCUCCCCUCAGCGGCGCAGCAGCAGACUACUCCGCCAUUAUCCCUCCUCCUCUUAUGUCUUUCUUCAACGGCGCAGCAGCACACUACUCCGCCGUUAUCCCUCCUCUUAUUUCCCCCCUCAACGGCUCAGCAGCUGACUCCCUCGUCCCUAUUCCUCCUCCUCUUUUAUCUCCCCACAUAUGCUCCAUUGCUACCCCCUUCCCGCGAUGGGGCCUAUUCUCGCUCUUACCUCUCCUCCUCUGCGCUUCCGCCCUCACCCGUCUCCUGCCGUAUCUCCUCUCCUAA